GGCUGCAGCCUCGCUCUGGUCCCUGCGGCUGGCGGCCGAGCCGUGUGUCUCCUCCUCCGCCGCCGCCAUAUUGUCUGUGUGAGGAGAGGGGAGAGCGGCCGCCGCCGCUGCCGCUUCCACCACAGUUUGAAGAAGACAGGUCUGAAAACAAGGUCUUACCCCUCAGCUGCCUCCAAACACAGUGACCACCAGAUCUUCAAACAUCAAGGCCAGCUCUGUCCGCCAACCUGUCUGACAUGUCGGGACCCGUGCCAAGCAGGGCCAGAGUUUACACAGAUGUGAAUACGCACAGACCCCGAGAGUACUGGGAUUAUGAGUCACAUGUGGUGGAAUGGGGAAAUCAAGAUGACUACCAACUGGUGCGAAAAUUAGGCCGGGGUAAAUAUAGUGAAGUAUUUGAAGCCAUCAACAUUACAAAUAAUGAAAAAGUUGUUGUUAAAAUUCUCAAGCCAGUAAAAAAGAAGAAAAUUAAGCGUGAAAUAAAGAUUUUGGAGAAUUUGAGAGGAGGACCCAACAUCAUUACACUGGCAGACAUUGUCAAAGACCCUGUGUCACGAACCCCUGCCUUGGUUUUUGAACACGUAAACAACACAGACUUCAAGCAAUUGUACCAGACAUUAACAGACUAUGAUAUUCGAUUUUACAUGUAUGAGAUUCUGAAGGCCUUGGAUUAUUGCCACAGCAUGGGAAUUAUGCACAGAGAUGUGAAGCCCCACAAUGUCAUGAUCGAUCAUGAACACAGAAAGCUACGACUAAUAGACUGGGGUUUGGCUGAAUUUUACCAUCCUGGACAAGAAUAUAAUGUCCGAGUUGCUUCUCGAUACUUCAAAGGUCCUGAGCUACUAGUAGACUAUCAGAUGUAUGAUUAUAGUUUGGACAUGUGGAGCUUGGGUUGUAUGCUGGCAAGUAUGAUCUUCCGGAAGGAGCCAUUUUUCCAUGGACAUGAUAAUUACGAUCAGUUGGUGAGGAUAGCCAAGGUUCUGGGGACAGAAGAUUUGUAUGACUAUAUUGACAAAUACAACAUUGAAUUAGAUCCACGUUUCAAUGAUAUCCUGGGCAGGCACUCUCGUAAGCGAUGGGAACGCUUUGUCCACAGUGAAAACCAGCACCUUGUCAGCCCUGAGGCCUUGGAUUUCUUGGACAAGCUGCUGCGAUAUGACCACCAGUCACGACUCACUGCAAGGGAGGCCAUGGAACACCCCUAUUUCUAUACUGUUGUGAAGGACCAGGCUCGCAUGGGUUCCUCUAGCAUGCCGGGGGGCAGCACACCUGUCAGCAGCGCCAAUAUGAUGUCAGGGAUUUCUUCAGUGCCAACCCCUUCACCUCUCGGACCUCUGGCAGGCUCACCAGUGAUUGCUGCUGCCAACCCCCUGGGAUGCCAGUUCCAGCUGCCGCUGGCGCUCAGCAGUAAUCCCCCAUCUGUCUCCUGAUGCCGGAGCAGAGGUGGGGACGUCCACCCUCUCCUUGAUGCAGCUUGCGCCUGGCGGGGAGGGGUGAGACACUUUCAGAAGCACCGUGUCUGAACCGUUGCUUGUGGAUUUAUAGUAGUUCAGUCAUAAAAAAAAAAUAUAAUAGGCUGAUUUUCUUUUUUUCUUUUUUUUUCUUCCUUUUUUAACUCGAACUUUUCAUAACUCAGGGGAUUCCCUGAAAAAUUACCUGCAGGUGGAAUAUUUCACAGACAAUUUUUUUUUCCCGUCCCAAAUUCAGUUCCUCAUUACUAAAGAACAAAGAUGAACCAGCCUCAUUCCUGGCUGCUGCGUUUGGGUGGAGGUUUCUUCCCGUCCCCACCAAUGCUCCCCCACUGUCCCAUGAUUUGGGGGUCAUAUCUCGUGCUCUUCUCCAGAGAUUACACAAAUGUAGCUUCUUGAGGGAGGCGGGAAGGAAGGAGGCAGGGAGAACCCUGCACUGCUAGUCCUUUAGACCUCUUGACCCCACAAGUGCUUCUGCAGGGUUAUCCUGCUGACUGGUGGAGGCUGUACUGAUGAUGGCAAAUCUACCCAAAGUGCAGACAGAUCCCAUACACUUCUGUUCAGUAUGAAUCAUGUCUUAUUGACCUAACCUUGAAUCCAACUCAGUUAUCAUUUUCGUUUUAGUUUAGUUCAAAAUUGUGAUCCUUCCCUUCCAGGCUCCUUACCUUAGUCUCUUCUCCUUUCAUCUCCAACAUACUGUGCUCCACUAGCUGGUAGGAGGGGGAAGGCAAAUAUAUCUAUUUGUCAGUUUUCUUUGACUUGGCCAUUUUGAAUUCAGUUAGUUCCUGGGCAUAACUUACUGCUUUUUACAAAAGAGACAGACGUUCUCUAUAUAGGUCUCAUGCUAGCAACUCUGAGAGCAAAUGGGAGAUGUGGCCACAUGGAGCUUCACUUUAGUUUUCUACCUUCCUUUCCUCCUGCCUUCCCCUUCCCUCACAUGCCAUCUAGUGAGAAGACUGCUCCUCGGUCCUGUAAAUGUAUCUGAGAGGGGGGAGCAGAGCCACUAUCUCCAAUGAAACAGAAAUGGUAGACCUGUAAUUGUGGGAAAACUAUAAACUCUCUUGUUACAGCCCUGCCACCCCUUGCUGUGUGUAUAUAUAUAAUACUUUGUCCUUCAUAUGUGAAAGAUCCAGUGUUGGAAUUCUUUGGUGUAAAUAAACGUUUGGUUUUAUUUAUCAAGGUUAGAUUUAAGUUCCCUGUGUAAAGGUCUCGCUGGGUGGGUGUCUCACGUUCACAUCUGGGGGGCCUAUGGCCCUGUACCGUGGAGGCUUCCCAAAGCCCCCAUUUUUAUACACCCCUCGUUUGACCCAUGGUACUGGGCAGGGCAGAGAGGCCUUAAAAAAGCACCACAAGCCAAAGCGUCUCUGGGGAUUAAGGAUCCUUUGCCAUAAAAACCCAUUUUGUGUCUCAGCAGUGCAGGGAUUGGGGAUGGAAAAAGUCGCCUCUGUGUGUGUGUGUGCGUGUGUGUGCAUAAAGUGGACUUUCCACUGUAAUCUAACCACCUAAGUUUAUCAGGUGCUUCACUGAGGAAGCCUAGUUUUUUAAGCACAAUAGCAAAACCAUCAGCUCUGUAUUUUCUCCUAUUUUCAUUACAGUAGCUGCUUUUGGGGACUAGGAAAAACUCUUCCAACAGAUUUUAAGGCCUAACAUCUUAGUUCCCUAUUCUACCAUUAUAGAUUCACAAGCCUUUCUCACCUAGGCAUCACAGGUAAAAAGAAUUGUUUGGGGAGUUGAAUUUAAUGAAUUUAUCUAACUUUGUAACCCAUCUUGGUUUCAGUAAGUUUAUCAAGGUGGUGGCUUUAGUGACUAUAAUGGUGAACCUGGAGGUAGCUAGUGCCUCCUUUCCCGAUGCUUCUCAGCACUCAGCUGUAGGGAAAGCUGCAGAGAAAACAUUCUGACUGUGUGACAGGGUGAGUUCUUCCUUGUGGCCACUGAGCAGUGGAUAUUUAUUGUACUUGACCCUUUUAAGCCCUAGAAUGCUGUGAGGGUGACCAUGUUGAACUUGUGCAGAAGCUAAAAGCACCAGAUGUGCCAGAGAUGCAAUUUGUGAUUAUGUUUGCACUGGAUUGUGAUUUGAACAGAACUCUUAUGACUAAUGAAUUCUUUCCUUUGAAAUGGGGAGGAGGGUUAUAAAUCCGUCAGACUUUACCCUGCUCUUGGAGCUCAGAAAUCUAGGUGUAGCUGAGGCUGAAGUGGAGAGCUGCAGACAGCUGGACCUCCGCACCCAUCAGUCCUUGCAAGAAACUGCAAGUGCGUGCAGAGGCUCUGAAGUGCCACCCAGGAGCUUUUCAAUAGAAUCGUUUUUAAAUGCUACUUGAGUCCCUGCAGAAGCAUGGAGAGUGAAAAUGACCCAGCUGGGGUGGGAGUGGGGGCCAGGGUUUACAGAGUAACAACUGUGUGUUGCUGCAAAUGACCUCAUCUGUAUGCCUUGUAUUGGGAGCUCCUUCUCAGCACUACUUGUCUGCAUUGCGUAGAUGGCAGGAAACAGCGCCAGUAUAAACCAGUUUUGUUGGCAACUACUCUGAAAGGUUUUAAAAGCAUCUCUAACUUUGUUUGAAGUGGCUCUUUUUUUUUUUUUUUUUUUUUUUUUUUUUUUUGCGUUUGAAGUCAGAAGCCCCCCUCCUCCCCUUGAUUUAUUGGUUGUAAUUGUAUUGUAAUUGGUAUAACUAAAACAUAACUGUGCUGGGAAGAAGUUGUGCCAUGAAGGUCUUUAAUUUUUUUUUUAAAUAAAAAGAUUGAAAUAAAUAAAAUAUCCCUGCAGCCUGAGCAAUAUGCUUCUCCAGCCGACACCGCUUGUGAUAGACGCUUAGUUCUCCUGUGUUCAACUUCACUGUUGGGUUGAUGGAGCUGUUACGUGGGACGGAUUAAGAUUGAGGAGCAUUGAUGUCUGGGUGUUGCUGGCAUCAGCGUACAGUGAAGGGAACAUACUACUGCUAGAAACGAUUGGUUUCAUCCGAGGUGGAUUACUUACCUUCUGAAUGCAUUUCAUCUGUAAAGUGGGACUGCUUCCUUUGGAUUGAGUGUGAAUGUCAGGUACUUGGCACUUGUUGGGCCUUGAUAAACCUCCUUCUCCUGGCUCUUUGGUAUGGAGAAUGAGUCGUUGGUUCUGUGGUUAAUGCACAGUAGAACCUUUUCAGCAUGGGGAGACUGAAUGAGAUGUCUCUGAGGUCUUUUAUUUUAGCAAGUUUAGUGCUGCAGCUAAAAGGUCCAUGGAGAUAGCUUGUUCAGUGAAUGGCAGGUCAGCUCAGGAGACAGCCCAGCCCUGAGGGCAUCCUGCAGAGUCUUUGGGCUGGCCUGAGGGUGUGCUAAGGAGCUUGUGGGAACCUAUGUGGCAGCUUCAGCUGAAACCAGCAAAAGGGUUAAUAAAAGAAAGAAAACCAUUUACUGCCUUAUCAACACCAAGUGAGUAGAGUCUACCAGAAUAGAUUCAAAUCACUGUUUAUUCUUCAUUUAACCACAGUAAAAUAGUGAAACCAAGGAAAAUGCUGGUGUCCCAUAUUUCUAGUUUCCCUUAAAUGUUCACCGUAUACUAUUUUAUGGCACCAGUGUGUUGGUGUUGAGAACAUAGGAGGUUAAAAAGUGUGGUUUAGAUAUAGGGAACCAUCUUACAAUAUCUUGUAUUGGAAAUGCCCAUCCAACUCACAUGGACUUUAACUUCUAACAUGUAUGUUGCUAUUUUAUACAUGAGACAGGAGGAUUAACUUAUUGAAAUAUCAUUGUCAGAGAUAGUGACCUAUUUUAUAAAAUAGAUAUUUAGGAUAUGGCUAAUUACUAGACAUAAAGUAGUAAUGCAGAUUGGAGAUUGGUUGAGAGAUUUGGGCAUUUUAAUUUCCUCUUAGUCUUGAAAUUUCAUCUUUGUGUCACGUGUGUUAAAUGCGGUUAUAAUUAGAACUAAUUUGAGCAUCUCUUUAAAAAGCCAGUUUUGCCACUACUGCAUACAGGUCUCCACCAGCCAGUUGUCUCCCGGAAUGAUGACUGGGUCUGCGGAGCUGCUUAGCAGUCACUGGUCCUCGACACUUCCCUGCUGGCAUUUUCUUCUUCCUCAGCUCUGACAGAGCGUAGGUGACAUGCACGCUAGAGGGACAGUCUCCGCAGGGCCUUUUCCAAAGGCUUUAAAGCAAGGUGUAGUCCUCUGUUUCCUCCUCAGAAAAUGGAUCUGGAAAGCUUGAUGCUAAUUCCUACUUCACCUUCUCAGGUCACCCUUUGCUGCUUUCCCACUACCAUUGCUCCCCUUCUUUUUCCUCAUAACACCUGAACUAUUGGGCUCCCCUCUUGCUUUAUGACACGGGCCCGUUGUCCCUCUGGGUUGAAGAAGACUUCCAGUGGGGAAGCACAAGGAAAACGCGUAGCACCAAACCUGGCCUGUACUAAAUAAAUACUCAAUACACAGUGAUUCUCGCCUCCACUCCCCUCACCACCUUCUCUGCUAGUUACACCUGCAGACACACAACGAGUGCAAGAAGUGGUGUUGCAUAAACAGCCGUGGCAAGGUCACAAGAGCCUUGCCCUCAGGUUUGCAGGUGUAAUUAUAAGUCCUAGGCAAGACUGAGUUAACAUGACAAAAAAUGUUUAAUGUACCUUGGGUGAAUAGGUAGGAGGCUGAAGGCUCUGUGGAGAUACCUGGCCAGUUUAGCAGAUUGAAAUGCUGAAAUCUCUGCUUAGAAAAUUUAGGCUAUCCUCCAAGUGGGACAGAUAGAGGGUGUCUCACAAGAUACGCUGAUUUUGAGUCAGUCUUACAUGUAAGAGGACUCUUUUAGCCUUUAUAGCUGUGUGUCUGUGAUCAGUUUAACCGCGUCAGAGAGGUAACCUAUCGGAGCUGCAGAGAUUCUGCUUCGAUCAGUGUUCUGUCUCAUUUCUGCCUCGGUUACUUAACCUCUCUGAAUCUUCACAAGUAGCUUCAACUACCAGUAGAAACAUGUUAGGCAGGUACCAUGUUACAAAGCUGUAACACACCCAUAAACCUACCGCCUGAGUUAGUCCCCAUCACCAACAGAUGAAGCCCCCACUUGCCCUUUCCUGGCCAGGUCCUCUUCUCUUCCACCCUGCCCCACAUAUCCUAACAUUUUCUUUACCUGUCAGUUUUCUGCAGUUGUUCGGAUUAGAUGAUGUUGCAAGGCAUGUGGUGGAAUUGGCUCGAGUACUGGUUUCUGCUUUUGAGUCGUACAGAUUACAUGCUGUAGAAGGAUGUUGUGUCCAGAGGGACGCCACGGCAGCGUGCAUUUGGAGCAUUUUGACAGUUUUCCAGCAGAUGGCAGUAAAGUCUAUACGAGAA